AUGUCUGGGGCUGAGGGUGAAACCGAAGCCGACGUUGAGCGCGCACGACGAGCCUCAACACCACCACCGCAUGAGACCUCGUCUGCAUUUGUUGAUUGGCCUACGGGCAUGGACUCUUCACUUCUCUCGCCAAUCCAGCGCACGGUUGAGGAUGAGGACGAAGACGAGGCUGAGGAAGAGGAAGUGGGUGAGGAUGAGGAUGAAGAGCUUCCCCUCCCAUCCUCCGAUACACCACUACCACCCAAUGAUGAGGAUGAAACCUCAUCAGGUCUCUCGUCUCCACCACUAUCAAUGUCAUCGCCAUCAUCACCAACACCAUCAUCACCAUCAUCACCAUCACCAUCAUCACCAUCAUCACCAUCAUCACCAUCACCCAAGAAGCGCAAGCCGAAGAAGCGCAAGACGGCCGCACAGAAGGUUGCGCUGUGGAAAGCAAAGCAGGCUGCUGCGGAUGUCACCAAAGCGACGCGCAGUAACGUCGACAGGGGUUUAGCCACGCUGGACUUGAGGAAGUGGGUUGGUCAUGAUGGCGCUGCCGAGAUUCGGGUGAAGAGAGUGGGUGAGGAUCUGGCGAAGGGUGUUGGAAAGCGACGUCGUCGCCGUUGA